CUUGCCACAGCCAAGUGUAAGCAAAGAGAGCGAGGAAAAAGAUGGCAACCGCUGCUGCUGUUGGAAUUUUCAAUUAAUCCGAGCAAAAUUACUCGAUUUUCCAGUGUCUAGCGGGUGGGAAAAUACUGCGAUCAGUUAGAUUUCCGUCUCAUCAAUGGAAAUUUGAUCCAGCCGUGCUCACUUAGAAGCAAGGAGGUUUCGUGACCAUGUCCACCAGCAAGGAUGGCUUCCUGACACCUACUUUGUCGUCCACAUCUAUAUCAACCGGUGAUUACGGUCACCCGACUAAGAUGGUGGAUAAGCCGCUAGUGUCCAUAGAAACUUCCUCCACCUCCAACGACGCAGUGGACGACAAAUACUGCUGCAAGCAACUGGAAGAAUCCCAUCCUGGCGGAGGGCAAACGAAGCAGCAGAUCAUUAUCCAUGAGUUCCUCAAUGGUCAUUCCGGGCCGUUCAUUAAUCACCACCACCCUGCCCCGGUGACUGGAGAUGGGAGUCCAUCGAGUACAAUCAACAAUAGUUCCAUAACGAUUCUGACAUCCCACCAGACCAACUCUUCGCCAAAUGCCAGCGCGAAUGUGCCGAAGCGGUCCACCAUGGUGGUGGAUCGGAUCAACAUUUGUAUCAACAAUCAUUUCAACGAGCCGCCGCAACCGAAUGUUGGGACGGAGAACGGCCCAAUUCCGACGCCGAAGGCGGCCAGUCACAAGCGAUCGAGCACCGAUUUGGAACCGGACUCGACCACAUCCUCACUUGGCCAGUUGUUACCGGUGACACCGGAGAAAAACUCAGGGGAGUACAAGCUGCAGGAAGACGUCCUGGUGGAGAACAAGGACGGGAGAUUUUAUUUGGGUACGAUCAUUGCGAUUGGGAACAGCCAGUGUUUGGUGCGGUUCAAUGAUAACACGGAGUGUUGGUCGGAUUUUCGAGAGCUGACCAAGUUGAGUAGCGGCGAGGCGGAUGCUUCGCCGGCUUGCGUGGUGUGCAAACAAUACAGUGCGGAGAAUAGUGUGGAGGUGUGCGAGAACUGUGGCCGUGGAUACCACGUUAAGUGUAUGGAUGAGAGCUUCGAACGGAACGGGUACUGGUUCUGUCGGAUGUGUACAUCGCCAAAUGGAAAGAGACGAGAUAUAAGAUAUGUCUGCUCCGGUGUUCUGUCAGAGUCACUGGAUCCUUUGUGUAACAAAUCCCAAUUGCCGUACGAUAUCGAAUCGCUGACAUGGGACCCCCAGCACCGGAUAAACAGCGAACAGCGCUACUGCUAUUGUGGACAAGAUGGCGAUUGGCUACGGGAGAUGAUUCAAUGUAGCCGAUGUCAACAAUGGUUCCACGGGCGCUGUAUUCGUAGCCUGCAGUACCCCAUCUUCCUGGGGGACCGAUUUUAUUUUUUCAUCUGCUCGAUUUGCAACCAUGGGCAUGAGUUUGUGCGGCGUUUGGACAUUAGUUGGCCGGAUCUAAUACAUCUAACGCUGUACAAUCUGAUCGCACGCAACGGGAAGCGCUUCUACGACGUGACGAAGGCGAUCGCUCCAUACGUGGAGGAUAACUGGAAGACACUGCAGUUAUCCGAUCAGAUGUCGAAACUGUCCCCGAACGCGAGAAAGGAAAUCAUGACCCAAACUCUUACCAACGACAGGAUACGGUUCAAGUGCGGCACAGAAGUGAAAAAAGCGGGCACUAUGUGGACCUUGCGCUCGGCUCAACCUCCGAACCCUCCUAAUGUGUUACUGCAGGCGGGUCAAAUUAUCACCGAGCACAUUCUGACGCAUAUGUCGAGGGAAAACAAAGUCUUCCGCUUCCUACCGAGAGUUGCCCUGGAAAAAUCUUUCGUGAACGAUGCAGCCAGUAGAGAAAAAAUGACCGGUGUUACGUACUGUUCUCCACUGGUAUCGGAAGAGGAUGACACAUCGGAGAUAUCCGACGACACUAACCAGGACGAGGACAGUUCCGAUUACGACGCUCCGGCCGGUGCUGGCACCGCGGAGCUUGCGAUCGGUCGCGAUGGCGGAGAUCUGGUGGUGCUGAACAACGACCAGGCCCGUCUCAACAAUGUUGCAAUAUAUGCCAGUACAGGGAAAACUGUUAGUUCAAAUUUAAGUGAUUCAUUGUUUAGUUCCAAUGCCAAGGAUGGCUUCCAGCUGUUCGGGACCAACAACGGGGCGGGUUCGAAACCUCAGAGCGAAACGGGAAGUGUGACGAGUGGGAAUGGCAAUCGACGCGCGUUCAAGUCGCGCCCGAAGAAGGCCGAAAGUGAGAAGUCGUUCGAUGUGUACGACUCUUCGGAUGAUACCUCGAGGAACACGCUGGAUUUGAUUAUACCUCCACCCAAAGAUUUCACAGGGAAGAACAAUCCCUUUCAUCAGCCAGCGACGGCGGCGGUGGCCACGGCUAUCGGUACGAACGGUAGCGGCCCCGCACUGCUGGUGAGAAACAACGAAACGAAAGACUUGAUGCAGAAGGCUAGUACCAGUAAUGUUAGUCAUAGAAGUAGUAGUAACCUAGUGAACGGUGAGCUGCGUGUCGCGCGAAUUGUCAAGAGGAGGCUCAGCGCUCGGGACAUCAUGAAUGGGGCCAAGAUCAAGCGGCGAAAGUUCCGGAAAAGCUCGGUAAUCGGUACCACCAUAGCUGCAAUUCCUCCUCCGGGCUCGCAUUCGGUGGCAAGUCAGCCAUCAUCCAGCCUGAUUGCGACCCUGUUCUCCCAGCCGGUGGACAACGGAGGUUGGACCAGCCAGAUCUCCUUGAGCCAUCUGCUGCCCUCAACGUCCUCCUCAGGAAGCAGUACACCUGCGAGCUGUUCGUAUCCCCCCACCAGUAUACAGCCAAAUUCUAUGGUUCCUCAAGCACUGCCAAACUUACUGACAACAAGUACAACCUCAUCGUCAUCUUCCUCUGCCUGCUCGGUGCAGACGGCACCAUCCCAGCCAGGGCUAGUACCCAAACGUAGUCCCGCCCACGGACGUCGACUUCGGCAGCGACAGGAGCGAAACUACGCCGAAUCAACGAGAAAAACGAGCUCAACCUCGGCGGUCGCUGUCACUGCCAAUGACUCUCCGGUGAAAGUUGAACUCCCAGUCUGCCUGGAUGGUUCGGCCACCAGCGCCACCACUGCUACUGCUGUUGUUGCUACCACUACCUCCACCGGCUCUGAUCUCCAGUCGUCGCUGAAUUUGUACUUUGGCGCAACCCACCGUAUCAUGAGCGGCGAAAAGUUUGUCGUCAAAGGCAAACGGGUGUCGCUCUCCGGCAAGGUACAGUAUUUGAUCGAGUGGGAAGGCUGUCCGACACAGAUUAUGUAAGAUGCUCUGCGGAGACGCGUAGUGUUUUUUACUUGAAGGUUCGAUCACAUUCGAUCGAAUAGCAGAACGCAGGUUGCCAAUGUUUGAACAGCAUUCCACAAACCAUAUGUUUUGGCAAGGAUAAGGUGUCAGGAAUUGGGGCUCAUCUAUGGUAAAAAACUCCUCAGUUCGUAAACUACGAACAUUUGAAUUCAAAUUUGUAGUUGAGAACGUUCAACUAUCUUUACUAUUGUAUCACCACCUGGUCGUGGUUUGUUAAUUAAAUUUUAAUAUUGUUUAUUGAUUUCAUUCAAAUUACACAUUGUUUCCCUUCCGCUCAAAGCGAAUUAGUAUGUGGGGUAAUAUUCUCUGUAUUUAUUACACCACAUUUGGUUCAUUCUAGUAAGAAUUACAACAAACAUUAAAACAGUAGUUCAAAGACAACUACGAUUAUCUUUAUGAACGUAUUGUCUUUAUUUAGUUUUAAGAUUGAAAUUUUAUGAAUAAAUAUUGGCUUAGAAAAUCAUAUUUCAUCUGAAACAAAAAAAAAUGAUGCCUGGGUUUUUGCUCCUCGGCAUGCCUCUUAACCUCUCCUGACACAAUUGCCACCAAAAUUUUAUGCUCGGGGGACUCCGAAUCCAAACAGCAAAAUAGCAAACAAAUGAGGUACGAAAUCAGGAAUAAAACGCUAACAUUUUUGUAUAAAUGAACUUAUCGUCAAUGCAGCGAAGCAAACAUAAAGCUAGAGGAAAGAACAACUCGAUAUUUUUAUAUUUAAUUUUAGUAAACACAACUACCCACAAACCAAUCGGUUUGCGAUGAGGUACAAUAAAUAUCUCCUGUUAUGAAUGUGCAACGUAACAGACACUGACAUACUGGAUUAUUUUCACACUUUUCAACUAAGAAACUGCCAAAAGUUACUAUCCUAGUGUACUACUAACAACCGAUACACAUCGGUAAGAAUGAUUCCCGAAAAAAUCGCCCCGGAAAACAACUGCAACAGAAACAACCGCCCAAAAAAAAAAAUGGAAGGUCACAAGUAGGCUAGAAAUAUGUUGAUGCGGAAAAACAUCAUGGGUAUAUAGCAGUGGCAUCGAGUGAAACUUUCGCCCCCAGGUGCGGAAGAGUUGAUUUGCACCCCCGGGCAGAAAAGUAGAAACAUUCGUACCCAGGGCGGAAGAGUCGGUGUCGCAUCCCGGUACUUAGAAAAGGGGAAUCAAUCAUAUUUAUUCAUUAAUUCUACACCCCUAAAACCGUAUACCCGGGGGCACUACGGAACAAAAUGGGUAACCACAUGGCACAUGUGGCGUUAGCCUGACGGGGCCGGGAGUCCAAUAUUUUGACAAUUUUUUUUGUCUUACAACUAUGUUAGUAAUAUGUAACCGAUUACUCGCGGUUGGCUCGAGAUUAGUAUUACAAGUGUUCUCAUAAUUGGUAUGUUGCAGUCUUCGAUGCACUGUACGUGUGCCCGACACGGGAUACUUCCUAUUGGGAUGCAGCUGACCAUUAAUUAGCAACGCCCCUCUAGUCUGUACCCCAUAUCUAGCGUGGUGCGUCUUUCUCGACUUGAGGAAUCCAGGAUAGAAUGGUCACUAGCCGGCGCAAUCAUCAGCUCGUGUAGAGUUGUCAUGAGCGGUACAACCUUUGGCUCUUGUUGAAUAAUCAGUGGACUGCACAACCUUCGGCCCGUGCAUCUGUAAAGAGUGUGUGUAUGUAUUGCCGCGACUAAGUAAAAGUUUAUCGAUCGGAUAGGAGGGAUAUGAAACGGGGACACAACGAAGAUAUACGAUGUUAGUUGAUUCAAUCAUUUAAGCAUGUUUUCGCUAGGAAAUUACGUACCGUAAUUCUACCAUAUCUGCACAGUUAAGUUUUUUCAAAGUAUAAACCAUUCUGUAAACAAAAUAUAUCCACAUACCACGUGGAAAGAAAAAGCACGAUUUUGGACACCCAGUCUCCUUCCGUGGACAAGCGUGGGCAAUGACUAUAUCCUUCUCCCUGUUAACCACGUGGACAUUCUCUCAUUUUUCUUCGUUUGACAGGAAAUGAAUUAUAAACGCUCGAAUGAGGGAUCGACUCCUUCUCGAAACACCCAGCGCAAAUAAUACUCCCUCUCCAACCUCCGACAAUUGGAAUCAUCAGCCGAUAGCGACAUUUGUGGGCAUUCGAUAAUAGAACUGCUUUUUUACCAAAAAAAUGCGGCUCCGUUCAGUCCCGCGGCAGAAAAGAAAUGAUAUUGGGAGAAAAGAGCAUAGUGCUGGGCGAGCUAGCGAAACCAUUCUCAUGUCACUUCGCAAUCACAAUUAAAUGGAUUUCUUUCUCUUCUUCUUCUUGUUGAAUUAUAGAGACUUUAAUCGUUUGUAGUUCAUUCGUCUCUAUCCCUGAGAAGCGCCCUUGAGGGCAGCCUCAAUUCAAACUUUUUUUUCCUGCCUUGACAAAGACACUUCAUUGUCGUUCGACGCUCCUCAGCAAACCGUGUCCGUUUCAGCAAACAUCAAACGACGUGAAAUGGAUUUCCGAGCGGGCACCAGCUUAUGUACACAUUUGUGAUUUCAUCAGCCUGUUUCAAAGCAAAAAUCUAUUGAAACAAGUUUACGGGUCAAUGAUUAAUGAGCAUAUAAAAUUUGCACAUUUUAUCUUUUGAAUAAAAUGACUUCCUUCAGCUGGAAAAGAAUUAUUAACACUCAAAGAGGAGUCGAUUUUUCCUCGAAAAUACCCAGCACAAAUAAUACCCCCUCCCCGCCAAUUAGAAUCAUCGAUCGAUUGUGACAUUCGUCAACAAAUUAUAUUGAAACUCUAGCUUUCAUCAAACUAUUUCUUUGAUAUGGUGAAAUAUUCACCCUUAUUCUGUAUUUCGAUCGAUUCGAAACAUUUCGAACGGCUUGAUAAAAUUCUACUCUGUAUUCCGUUCGAGUGAUUUUUGAAUUUCAUUCGAUCUGUUUCUCUUCGAACUUUAAAUGGGCAAAACGUUCGAAAUAGGGAAUGCGAAGUUAUAAUUCGAACGAAAUGGAAAUCCGUUGGAAUACAGAAUAGGGCUGAUUAUCUACACUCUUUCGAACAUUUAAUUUCUUCGGUAUCAAAUCCAUAGCCAAUGUCACCAUUUGUAAACAAUCUGUAUCGAAUUGUCGUUCGUUUUUCACUAAAACAAUUUUCCGAAUCAAUAAAUAACAAUCAUAUGGAUCUUAGACAUUUUAUCUCUCGAAUUCAAUGAUUUUCAUACAACUUCGUUCAGCCACCAAAGAGUUAAUAACGUUCAAAACCUUGCACUCCAAGUGACGAGAGACGCUCUCGUUUUCGAAACAUUCAAUUUACACCUCGGUAAAUAAAUGAAAGACGUAGUCCUUCGUCAAAAUGGAACUAGGGGUGGACGAUAUAUGAGAUACAACCACAAGGAUGACGUAGGAAUACCGUUGGGUUAGUAUUCAUUUGUCUAAAGUUGCAACUGAAUUCAUUCUCAAUGAAAAGAUAUUUGGAAGGAUUGCCGAAAAGUGCAAUUUGUUUUCUAUGCAUCUUUCGUGCAUAUUCUGCGAAUGAAUUCAGGUGUGAAAAAUUUUAUACAUCCGUUAACACGGUUGCAAAAUCAGUUCACUAUCUAGGAAAAAUGAAUAGACGGUUUUAGCAAAACGUAGAUAUAUAUUUUUUGUAAACUUGACUAAAUGCCAAUGCUUUAGGAAAUUAUCAAGAAUAACAAUACAAGCAAUCGAUUUUACAUGAAAUUCUAUGUGAACAACUGUGUUAAUAAUAUUGACUCUUAUGACUAGCUUGACAAAAUUUCAGCAACUUAGUCAAAAUGUUGAAGUUGAAGUGUACAUUUUAAUUAUUUAUUUGUCCUCAGACUCCAAAGCUGUCAAACGUACAUGUAACCAGUGUUGCCAUACGUACACAUUUAUCUUGAAAGGUACAGAUUUUUUCGUCACAACAGAAAUCUUGGCAAUCUAUCAUUUCAGAUUUGUUGUUGUACUAGUACGCAAAACAUCAGUUGGUGCUGGCAAUUUGUUGAUCUGAAGUGAAAAAUAUCGAAAAAAAAAAGAUAUUUGAGUGAAUCAGAACAAAGAGUUCUUCGUUAACUGAAGAAAACUAGUAUGAGUAACCGGGAAAUAGGAGUAGAGUAAACAGCUCUGAAACAUCGAUUCGAAAUGUGCUGAAGAAAGAUGAAAAAUAUGGUGUUAAUGAGAAAACUAAGAGGAAUACCAAAAUAAGAUAUCGUGACAGAAAUCGAAUUCUGGAGCUGGCCGGAACUGGGAAUUCCAACUUUGUACAAAUUUGACAGUUGUUUUUAUAGAUUUUGUUUGAAAAAACAUCCGGUCGUAUUACCCCAAGCUGGUAUGCCCAUUCUGUCCCGUACAUUCACGCUCGCUAAAGCUCGAUCGGACCUUGCUAAAUAAUCGUAACCUAUGUUUCAACCUAACCGGACAAUCAGUAGAACACAGGUUUGCGUGCGAGAGACCGCCGCUUCCGUUGGCGGGUCGGCGGCGACGAGGAUCGCGUCCUCUUAGGGGCUUGAGUCACCUGAAGUCAAAGUACCUCAGAAUAAAUUUCGAAAAACAAGAACGAAAGAUAAAUUUAUAAUAAUAUCGAAAAUAGAAAUCACGUUUUUUUCUGUGAGGCGUUCAUAUCCAUGAUGUUUUCACCGCACCACAAUAUUUCUAACCUACUUAUGACAUUACCCUUUUUUUCUGGGCGGUUGUUUCUGUUGAAGUUGUUUUCAGGUGCAGUUUUUUUUCCGGACACGGUAAGAAUAUGUGUUGUCUUUCGCCGCGAGUAUAUUUUUAAUUGACGUUAGACUCAGAACACGCACUUAUCCUAAUUAAUUUUUUCACUUCGUUCUGUUCACCUAAUCAUCUUUUUUUUUUGUUCGGUUCAAUACACAUUCUGCUGCAAACACUCAGUUUACAAACGACGUGAUAAGUGAGAUGAACACAAGUAGAGGAAAAGUCUGCGCUGCCACAGUAUAACCACAAACAAACAAAAAGCGUUUAAGAAACUGAACACUGCCGAUAUCGUGUGAUAAAACUAUUGAAUAUUUUGUGAACCACGUUGGAAGUAGACUAAAACAAAUUAGAGAAAGCAUUGAGAGACGCCCAAGAAGAAUCUGUCGAAACACAUUUUUUAACCAUAUUAACUAUAAUCGGAUAAUCGCCGGAUGUUCAAUGUCUUAUUCGAAAUUGGCUUCGUGUGUGAUGUAUGAUUUUCGAUGUUGAGACCCAAUAAACCACCAAGACAACACCCAGCGAAUAGAACACUGAUCCUCAAUGAUGCUGAGCUCCUUUGCUCUGUCCUCAACAAUUCGAACUUUAUCGGGUCUUGCAUUUUUAGCGAAAUUGUGUGAACUCAUUCAUUUUGUUUCUAUGUUUGAAGCAGUAGUGUAAAUAGUCAAGAUUCUAUGCAAAUGGCACAUUAGCUAAGGGGUCGGCCUGGUGGUGAAACGCCACAAGGUUGGAGUAAAACAAAUCGAGAAAGCACUGAUAACACUAAAUUAGUUGUUUAAAUUAUUGUCAUCGUAGCGCCUAGGUUCUAAACUUAAGCCCUCCCUAUUUUAUAUUCCUACAUUCUAGAUUCUGUUGAAAGCUAUAUAUGUAUAUGAAGAAAUUUUGUUGACUCUAAGUUAUAGAAUUUUAGUUUAGUGUAUAACCUAAAACCUCCUUUUGAAUUUUUACGCGAGAGAUGGAAGCAAAAUAGUUAGAAAGAGAGCGCGGAGAAAAAGAGAACGAGAACAAGCAGAUAAUAAUCAUAAAUUUUAAACGGUUCUACUAGAUGUGUAACACUAUCAAUUAAAUAAUCAAAGAAAACAACAAAUGAACGAUUCGAACCGGAAUCGAUAAACUAUGAAUGUAUUGUAAAUUAUGGUAAAAAUUAUUCAACUAUAACAAACUAUUGUCUCUGGGUGAGCAAAAGAUCCACAACCGAGUGGUGACAGUGGUCUACAAUAAAGUGGGAAAGCAUGAAAAAUGAA